AUGGUCGGGUCUGGCAAAGGCUGGCCCCCGGCUGACCCGGGCCCUCCCCACAGCUCGGCCAGCUUCUGCAGCCUGGCCCCCGGCGAGGCCCAGGGGGAGGAGGAGGAGGAGAAAGCAGUGUUCACCUGGGAAGUGAAGGCCAACGACAGGACCUACAACAACCAGUUCAAGGAGAAGGCCUUCCUGUGUUGGCAGAGGAGGAAGUACAAGAGCAACAUCAUUCGCACAGCCAAGUACAACUUCUUCUCCUUCUUGCCCUUGAACCUGUACGAGCAGUUCCACCGAAUAUCCAACUCCUACUUCCUUUUUGUCAUCAUUCUCCAGGGUGUCUUUCCUGAAAUCUCCACGAUGCCCUGGUUCACCCUCUUUGCCCCACUCGUCUGCCUCCUCUUCAUCCGGGCCAUCCGAGACCUGGUGGACGACAUCGGGCGACAUAAGAGUGACAGCACCGUCAACAACAGGCCCUGCGAGAUGCUGGUGGGGGAGAGGUUUCUGUGUAAAAAGUGGAAGGACCUGCAUGUGGGGGACCUGGUCCGUCUGCAUGACACAAACAUUGUCCCGGCCGAUAUGGUCUUGCUGUCCAGCACGGAGCCCAGCAGCUUGUGUUAUGUGGAAACAGCUGACAUCGACGGGGAGACCAACUUGAAGUAUAGGCAGGCCCUGUUAGUCACGCAUCAUGAGCUGACCACUAUAAAGAGUAUGGCUUCCUUCCAAGGCAAGGUGGUGUGUGAGGAACCCAACAGUCGGAUGCACUACUUUACCGGGCACCUGGAGUGGGAGGGCAAGAAAUACUCCCUGGACAGUGGCAACAUCCUGUUACGUGGCUGCAAGAUUCGAAACACAGACACCUGCUAUGGAAUGGUCAUCUAUGCUGGUUUUGACACAAAGAUCAUGAGGAACUGUGGCAAGAUCCAUCUGAAGAGGACCAAGAUAGACCGUCUGAUGAACAAGCUGGUAAUCAUGAUCUGCAUAGUCGUGGUGCUGAUCUCUGUGGCCUUGACCUUGGGCUUCUGGAGCAAGGUGACGGAAUUCAAGACCAGGCACUAUUAUGUGCCUAUGAUACACGUGCAUAGUCUGACCACCGAGUCUAUCUUCAUACUCUUGAGCUUCGUCAUUCUGCUCAGUGUCAUGAUGCCGAUGGCCAUGUUCAUCACAGCUGAAUUCAUCUACCUGGGGAACAGUAUCUUCAUUGACUGGGAUGUGGAGAUGUACUAUGCUCCCCAGGACUUGCCUGCCAAAGCCCGUAGCACCAGUCUCAAUGUCCAGCUGGGCCAGGUGGGCUACAUCUUCUCGGACAAGACUGGCACGCUCACACAGAACAUCAUGACCUUCAAGAAGUGCUGCAUCAACGGCAUUGUCUACAGCCCAGACCAGGAGAAUAUAUAUAAGGAGAACCCCUUCCUCUGGAACGUAUUUGCUGAUCAGAAGCUGCUCUUCAGAAACUCAAAGCUCCUGAGUAUUGUGCGCACCAACAAGGACAAGGUGGUGCGGGAGUUCUGGCGUCUCCUGGCCAUCUGCCACACAGUGAUGGUGGAGGAGAAAGACAACCAGCUACUCUACCAGGCAGCAUCCCCUGAUGAGGAGGCACUGGUCACAGCAGCCCGGAAUUUCGGCUAUGUGUUCCUGGCACGCACACAGGACAGCAUCACGGUGAUGGAGCUGGGGGAGCAGCGGGUAUACCAGGUCCUGGCCUUGAUGGACUUCAAUAGCAUCCGAAAGCGGAUGUCCAUUCUGGUCCGAAACCCCGAGGGCUCCAUCUACCUCUACACCAAAGGCGCAGACACUGUCCUUUUCGAACGCCUGCAUAAGAAAGACAUGUAUAGGAAAGAGCAGAUCGUGAAAGCAGCUACAGAAGAGGCCUUAACUUCCUUUGCUGAGGAGACCCUGCGCACACUGUGCCUGGCCUACAAAAAGGUAGAAGAGGAGCAGUACAAAGAGUGGAGCCAGCGGCACCAGGAAGCCAAGAUCCUUCUUGAGAACCGAGCCCAAGCCCUGCACCAGGUGUAUGAAGAUAUAGAGCAGGACCUCCAGCUGCUGGGAAUCACAGCCAUUGAAGACAGGCUUCAGGAUGGUGUUCUUGAAACUAUCCAGUGUCUCAAGAAAGGGAACAUCAAAAUAUGGGUACUCACAGGGGACAAGCAAGAGACCGCGGUGAACAUUGGCUAUGCUUGCCAGCUGCUGUCUGAGGACAUGCACAUUCUGGAUGAGGAGCAGAUAAUUGCAAUCCUGGAAGCCUACCAGGAGACCAAGAACAACCUGCCUCAGGUCGAGAUGGCUGCCAUGAUCGUUAGUGGAGAAUUUCUGGACCAGCUGAUGAAGAGUGUAGCAGGGCCAGUGAAGCAGAAUAAGGACUCCAACACCCCCCAGAGUCUGGAGGUGUGGCGGGAACGGACCUUCGUGGAACUGGCCUGUAGGUGCAAAGCAGUCAUCUGCUGCCGGGUAACACCCAAGCAGAAGGCUUUGAUUGUGGCACUGGUCAAGAAAUACAAGAAGGUAAUAACCCUGGCCAUCGGGGAUGGUGCCAAUGAUGUCAACAUGAUCAAGACUGCGGACAUCGGUGUAGGGCUGGCGGGCCAGGAGGGCAUGCAGGCGGUGCAGAACAGUGACUACAUGCUGGCCCAGUUCCGCUUCCUGAGGCGACUGCUGCUGGUGCACGGGCGCUGGUCCUACAUGCGAGUGUGCAAGUUCCUACGCUACUUCAUUUACAAGACGCUGGCCAUCAUGAUGGUUCAGAUCUGGUUCACUUUCUACAGUGGCUUCACUGCUCAGCCUCUUUAUGAAAGCUGGUUCCUGGCGCUCUUCAACCUGCUGUACACCACCCUCCCGGUUCUGUACAUCGGACUGUUUGAACAGGAUGUGAGUGAUGAGCAGAGUCUGGAGCUGCCUGAGCUGUACAUUGCUGGCCAGAAGGAUGAGCUCUUCAACUACUGGGUCUUCUUCCAAGCCAUUGUCCAUGGCACAGGAACCUCCCUGGUCAACUUCUUCAUGACCCUGUGGAUCAGCCAUGACAUUAUUGGGCCCAUCAGUGACUAUCAGUCUUUUGCCACUGUCAUGUCCCUGUCGGGCCUGCUAUCAGUCACCAUGGAGGUCAUCCUCAUCAUCAAGUACUGGACAAUCCUGAGCGUGCUGGCCAUUUUCUUCAGCCUCUGCUUCUACAUAGUCGUAACUAGGGCCAGCCAGAGUGUCUGGCUCUUCACAAUCUCCCCCAUAACCUUCCCUUUUAUGUCUGUUGAACAAAACGUGCUAUCUCACCCCUACGUCCUGCUGGUGGUCAUGCUGAAUGUGUCACUAAACACCCUGCCUGUACUGGCCUUCCGUGUCAUUUACCAAGCCCUCAAGCAGCUACCUCUCAAGGAAGAGAAGGAGGAGGAGAAAGAAGAGGAGGUGGAAGAGGUCCCGACUGAGGAGACGGCUGGGGUGCCACGGGCCCGUCGCUCAAGCUAUGCCUUUUCCCACCAAGAAGGCUAUGCAGACCUCAUCACACAGGGCACAAUUAUGCGCAGGUCACUAGUGUUCAACAAAUACUCAUCUGAUGAGGAUCAUUCCACAAGCAUAGAUUUCAUCUGA